UUACUUUUAAGUCUAAGCAUUUUCGUUUCUCAUUCUUAUGUGGCCAUAAAUGGCUCUCAGGAAACGUGCAUAGAAAUGGUUAAAGAGCGGCAAAAUGGCAAAGCAGAGAAUUUCUAGGCUACUGUAGUAUGCUGUCUGCAGCGGGAAAGGGUUAAGCGUCACGUGGUGGCGGGUGAUAUUGUCACCCUGGCCAUGAAGUGGGGGUAUAAGAGUGUAAUUUGAAGAAAGAACAAAGAAAUCAUAGCACAUUAAAGUUCCAGUCCUCUGAUCUGACGCGUUGUCUCUGCGCAAAGCUGAUAGCCAUUUCUCUCCAUAACGCACGGUUGGCUUUACUGUGCGAAUUAAACUGCAGCAGGUUCGAUCGGGUUCAUCACAAUGUGGAUCUCUUGGCUUCUCUCGAACACUUUCGCCCUUCAUUUUAUCUUGUGCCUCGACUGUUUGCCAGUUGUUGAGAGAAGGGACUUUGACAAACGCAAAACAGCAGAGUCUGCAGCUUGGCCUCAGAGCCCUGGCAGCCCGAGCCUGAAGAAGAGAGGGCACGAGCCCCAUCCUCAGGACACGCUCAAGUCACCAGUUUGGAGCAGCGCCCCCCACUGGAAUGAGACGGGAUCCUUUAAUCGCCCGCGAUGUGGCGUGCCAGACUACCCCACACGCCAGGGGGCGCUCAAGAGCAGAAGGCAGCGGCAGAAACGCUUUGUCCUCUUUGGAGGCCGCUGGGAAAAGACUGACCUCACUUACAAGAUAAUGCGCUUCCCCUGGCAGAUGACCGAGGACAAGGUCCGGCGGGUUCUGCAGGAGGCGUUGAGAGUGUGGAGUGAGGUCACUCCACUGACCUUCUCGGAGGUGCACAGCGCAGAGGCAGACAUCGUCAUCGACUUCAACAGAUACUGGCAUGGCGAUAACCUGCCCUUUGAUGGUCCUGGCGGGAUUCUGGCCCAUGCUUUCUUCCCCCGGACCCACCGGGCAGGAGACAUCCAUUUUGACUAUGAUGAGUCUUGGACUGUAGGCAAUGAGAUGGGCACAGACCUCCUGCAGGUGGCAGCCCACGAGUUUGGCCAUGUGUUGGGCCUGCAGCACUCCCUGGAGCCUGGAGCCAUCAUGUCCCCCUUCUACAGCUUUUCCUACCCAUUGGAGCUCAGCGACGAUGACAAGCAGGGCAUCCAAUACCUGUACGGCCCUCGGCCAGAAGCUCCACCUUCCCCUCCCCCUCCACUCCCAGGAAAUACAGAGACCAAUGAGAUUACUCCACAUAUGCCGGAUGCGUGCCACACUGAUUUUGAUGCGGUGUCAGUGAUCCGUGGGGAGCUCUUCUUCUUUAAGGACAGCUACACUUGGCGCAUCCGAGAGGGCCGGCUGCAGGAGGGCUACCCCGCCCUGGCCUCCAGGCACUGGAGGGGAAUUCCCCAGCGCAUCGACGCUGCCUUCGAAGACAAAUCUGGCAACAUAUGGUUUUUCCAGGAUCACAGCUACUGGGUGUUUGAUGCGGAGCAGCAGAUCACUGGGCCGGACUGGCUGCAGAGGCUGGGGCUGACCGUGGCGCCCGUCCAGGCGGCCCUGCGCUGGAAGGAGGGAGCUGAGCACCACACUUACUUCUUCCACUCAGGCAGCUACUGGCGCUUCGACCCGCUCCAGAACCGCGUGGACCCGGCCUACCCUCGCAGCAUCAGCCACGACUGGCAUGGGCUCCCUGACGACAUCGAGGCUGCAUUCCAGGAUCGAUAUGGAUAUGGCGUGUUCAUCAGCAGACGACACUACUGGAAGGUGGACCCUGUGGACCGCAGGGUUCUGGAGGGGUACCCCCGCCUUGUUGGACAGGACUUCUUUGGCUGCAGUGGGCGUUAGGGUGACUCUGCUGCUAGUAUGAUCCAGAGCCACUGGGUCCAGUGAUUAUAUCUGUGCCUGCUAUGCUCACACCUCCCCUGAGUUACU